AUGGGUGACUGGAGUGCCUUAGGAAGACUCCUUGAUAAGGUGCAGGCCUAUUCCACUGCUGGAGGGAAAGUGUGGUUGUCCGUCCUGUUCAUUUUCCGGAUCUUAUUAUUAGGCACUGCAGUAGAGUCAGCUUGGGGUGAUGAACAAUCUGCAUUCCGAUGCAACACUCAACAACCUGGUUGUGAGAAUGUCUGCUAUGACAAGUCGUUUCCAAUCUCUCAUGUACGAUUCUGGGUUCUCCAAAUUAUAUUUGUAUCUACACCUACACUGCUAUAUUUAGCACAUGUGUUUUAUUUGAUGCGUAAAGAAGAGAAAUUGAACCGAAAAGAAGAAGAACUUAAAAUUGUCCAGAAUGAUGGAGGAAAUGUGGACAUGCAUCUCAAACAAAUUGAAAUAAAGAAAUUCAAAUAUGGCUUGGAAGAACAUGGAAAGGUCAAGAUGCGCGGUAGUCUUCUUCGUACUUAUGUAAUAAGCAUUCUGUUUAAAUCAUUUUUUGAGAUUGCUUUCCUUAUUAUCCAAUGGUACAUCUAUGGGUUUCAUUUAGAAGCUAUCUAUACCUGCGAAAGACAUCCGUGCCCACAUAAAGUUGACUGUUUCCUUUCCCGUCCCACUGAGAAAACCAUUUUUAUCUUGUUUAUGCUAGUGGUGUCUUUAGUAUCACUUGCUUUAAACAUUAUUGAGUUGUUCUACGUUGCAUUUAAAAGUGCCAAGGAUGGCAUUAAAGGAAAGAAGGACCCCUAUGCCACCACAAAUGAUACAGUGAAUCCUGCCAAGGAUUGUGGCUCCCCUAAGUAUGCUUAUUUCAAUGGCUGUUCUUCUCCAACUGCACCUAUGUCACCACCAGGUUACAAGCUUGUUACAGAAGACAGAAACCCCUCUUCUUGUCGUAAUUAUAACAAACAAGCAAGUGAACAAAACUGGGCUAAUUACAGUGCAGAACAAAACAGGAUGGGUCAAGCUGGAAGCACUAUUUCAAACACUCAUGCUCAGCCAUUUGAAUUUUCAGAUGAACAUCAGAAUGUCAAAAAAAUGCCGGCAGGACAUGAAAUGCAGCCUCUCAGUAUACUGGACCACAGACCAUCAAGUAGAGCAAGUAGCCAUGCAAGCAGCAGGCCCAGACCAGAUGACCUGGAGAUUUAA